CUAAUGGUAUGGUUAGUCUUUUAACCAUGGUCGGAAACAAGACUAUUGUUGGAAACAAGUGAAGGAAAAAAGAACUGCAAAGAUUUCUCACCAUUUGCAAUUUGCUGAACAACUCCCUCUCUCUCUCUCUCUCUCUCUCUCUCUCUCUCUCUCUCUCUCUCUCUCUCUAAAAAAAACUAACAUUCCCAAAGAAAACAAUGGCGGCAGAAGCUGUGGGUGGAGUUGCCAUUCAAUUUCUGCUAGAGAAGCUGAUAUCAGUUUCUGCGGAGCAGAUCAACCUCUAUCGAGAUUUCAAGAAAGACUUGCAAAGGCUAAAAAGUUCUUUAACCAUGAUUCAAAGUUUCUUGAACGAUGCGGAGAAGAAGCAAAUCACCGACGAAGCUGUCGAACGCUGGCUGCAUAAGCUUGAAGGUGUGGCUUUCGAUGCCGAUAAUGUCUUGGAUGAGCUCCACUAUCAACAUCUCUCCAAGGAAAUUCACAACCAGGACAAAAUGAAGAAGAAGAACAAGUGCCAUUUUUUCUUCCCACAUUGCAUUCCCAAUACGCAUCGCCUAAAAAUGGCACGUAAAAUCAAGGAUGUCCUUCAAAACUUGGAAGCGAUCAACAAGGAGGCGACCGACUAUGGCCUUCAAAAAGCAGUGGUGGGUGCAUAUGCUCCGGUUACUGGAUCAUCUGCAGGUUGGGAAACUGAUGCAUUCAAUAUCGAUCCGAUUUUUCUUGGAAGAGAAGGUGACGUGUCUGAAAUAGUGAAGACGAUGACUACUCUUCCAAAUGAUCAAGUACUCUCUAUCCUCCCCAUUGUCGGGAUGGGAGGACUCGGAAAAACAACUGUAGCUCGGAACGUGCUCGAUCAUGAAGCCAUAAAGGCUCAUUUUGCUAAGCGUUUUUGGGUUCAUGUCUCUCAAAACUUCGAUGCCAAGAUUCUUUUCAAUAAGAUUCUUACAUCGUUAACAGGAACAAACGCCGCACUUGGAGAUAAACAAGCAGUUCUGGAAAAGCUUCAAAAGGAGUUGGGAGCUCAUAGAUUUCUACUUGUUCUCGAUGAUGUUUGGAAUGAAAAUCAUGAAAUAUGGGGUGAUUUUAUCAAUUCGUUGAGAAAAAUUACUUCUGCUACGGGAAAUGGCAUCGUUGUUACUACGCGAAGUGAAAAUGUUGCUUCACUGGUGAAAACAUUCCCUACUAUGCACAAGCUAAAUAACUUGUUAGAAAAUGAGUGUUGGUCCAUAAUCAAAACAAAAUCCUUCGGAGAAGGUGAUAUUCCAUCAGAAUUUGAGAGAAUUGGUGUAUCUAUUGCAAAAAGAUGCCAAGGUUUGCCAUUGGCGGCCAAAGUGGUUGGGGGAUUGUUGCGCGAUAAGUCGAUUGAUGAGUGGAUGUCGAUUGAUGAGAAAUGGCUCUCAGAUUUAAAAGAUGAAAAUCCAGUCUUCAAGAUUUUGAAGCUGAGUUUUGAUCAUUUGUCGCCACCAUCACUCAAAAAGUGCUUUGCAUAUUGUUCGAUAUAUCCUAAAGGAUAUGACUUGGAAAGCAAACGCUUGGUUGAGCUUUGGAUGGCAGAAGGAUUUCUUGGAGGAAAUGAUGAUAUGGAGAUUUUGGGCAACAAAUUCUUUAAUCGACUUUUAGAGAACUCCUUGUUGUUACAAGUUGAAAACACAAGUCGCUAUAACAUGCAUGAUCUUGUGCAUGAUCUAGCAUCCUCUAUUUUAAAUUCAAGCGACCAAGUUCGGUACAUGGGCCGGCAAUCGUGUGCAAGCUUAAAUGAACAAGCAACUUGGCUUCGUUCCUUAUUGUCCAAUGAUAAAAUAUGCAUUCUCAUGUUCUCGAAGUUCAAAUCACUGCAUGUUUUAAUUCUGAUGGACAAUUGUGUUGAAGAGUUGCCGAAUUCGAUCAAAGAGUUAAUACAUUUGAGAUGUCUUGAUGUCUCGGACACAGAACUUAAAUGUUUGCCGGACUCUAUUGGUGAACUUUAUCACUUGCAGACAUUAAGAGCAUCUGAUGACCUGGAGAAGCUGCCAAAUACAUUGAAGAACUUGAUUGGCUUAAGACAUCUCCUCAUUCCUGGAAUUGAAUUACCUCCAGAGAUGGGAAGAUUAACUUCUCUUAGAACACUGCCGUACUUUGGAGUCGGCGAUGAAAAGGGUUGUAGAAUUAGUGAGCUCGAAUGCUUGAAGAACCUGGAAGGAAAGCUGGAGAUCUUUAAUCUUGAGAAGGUGCAUGACAAAGAAGAGGCUAAGAGAGCAGAUUUAUUACAAAAGCCAAAAAUAGUUGAGUUAGUGCUUAAGUGGAGUAAUAGAGAAGGUGGAAAUGGCGAUGAGAGUGUGUUGGAAGGCCUCCAACCCCACCCAAAUUUAGAGAGCUUAAAGAUUUGUGGAUUUGGAGGAAGAAGUUUACCAUCAUGGUGUUCAAAUAUGCCGGGGCUUAAUAAAUUAAUGGAGAUAAGACUUGAAAGAUGCAAAGAAUGUGAACAAGUCCCAAUGCUAGGGCACUUGCCACAUUUGAAGAAUCUUUAUCUGGAUGGUCUGGUGAAUGUGAGAUCCAUAGGUUCCUCGUUUUACGGAAUUGAUGAAAAAUGUGUUUCCUUUCCGGCACUUGAAAUGCUCGAGUUGAGGGGAAUGUCAGAGCUGACGGAGUGGUUACAAGCGGAAUUGCGAAGUGCAGCACCUGAGAAUGAUCAACGACUUGUUGUCUUUCCUCGCCUCGAGUACUUGCAGAUUAUAUAUUGUAGGCAAUUGAAGAGUGCUCCGAGUCACUUUCCAUGUCUUAAAGAAUUGCUGAUUGAUGGGGUGGAGAGCGAAUUACCUUUGGUAAGUAUAUGUGGGAUCAACUUAAUCUCUCUUACAAAGCUCCAUAUUCACUCAAUUGAUGGAUUGACGUGUCUCCCAAACUGCCUUUUCCGUAAAAAUCAAAAUCUUUCAAUGUUGGUUAUAAGCGGUUGUCGUAACUUAACGCAUCUAGUUCCGUGCUUGGAAGGUGGAGGAACAGCUCUUAGGAAUUUGGAGAUAUGGGACUGUCCGGAAUUGAGAGAAUUACCAGAUGAUCUACACACCCUCAGUGCUCUCGAGAAUUUGGCGAUUUACGGAUGCUCAAAACUGAAGACAAUACCAUAUCCAUAUGAAACACAUAACGAUGAUGAUGAUGAGCAAUUAUUAUUAGGCUUGAGUUGCCUUCGUCGAUUGUUUAUUGAAUACUGCGAUGAGCUGACCAAUUUGCCAAUUGAGUUAUGUGCGGAGUCCCUGGAGAGUUUGACACUGAGAGGAUUAAUGAAUUUAAGGAUGACCAUGGGAACGUUGAUUGGGUAUUGUAUGCAGAAAAUGCCUCGUCUCUCUGAGUUGAGAAUUGUUGAUGUUCCAACCACUAAUAAUCCAUGGGAGAUUGUUGGCUCUGUUACUCUCGGCAAUUUGAGAGAUUUAACAAUCAGUUGUGAUGAGUACUCAGUUUCAGCUGUUGAUGCCAUCUUGAAAGCAUCAGCCAAAUCUCUUCAUAGAUUAACAUUGCUAGGGACAGAGCAUAGUCGAGAACUACCUGGUCAGCUUCAACAUCUCACUGCUCUUUCUGAGCUAGGCUUGUAUGAUUUUGGAGAGAUGGAAGAAUUGUCUGAUUGGCUAAUUGGGAACAACAACAACAACAACUUGUCCUCAUCUUUGCAAAUCUUACAUCUAUCCCGCUGCAAGAAGUUGCGAUAUCUGCCGUCUAAGGAAGCCAUGCUACAUCUCACCAAGUUAUACAUCUCGAAUUGUCCGAUGUUACAUAUAAAAGGUGGAGAUAGCGAUUAUGGUUCUGAGUGGCCCAAGAUAUCCCAUAUCCCCUAUGUCGUGUUGGAUUGGGUUCAAAUUCCAACUCAUGCUCAGUAAAUGUAACUAUACUUAUUACUGCAUUAUUGGAUUUACCAGAAUAUUUUCUUUUUUUUCCUUUUCUUUUUCUAUUGUAUUUAUUUUUCUUUUUGUUCUUGCAGCCUCCAAAUUAAAUUUGUUGCUUAAACAGAACAGGAUGCUCAAGGCACAUAAAUAUAUAAAUCUAUUUCAAAUUUAUUUCGA